CACCAUGCUGCCAAUGACACGCUUCGUUUAUUUCCGUAAACCUUUUCGGUAAAUUCCGGCUAAUGUUGUUAUAUGAACUUCCGGCAACAAUUCGACCCAUAAUUUGGCCAUAAUUAUAAAUGGUGAUGGGACAACAGGAAAGUGCUCAGUUUGAACAAGCUACAACAGGGAGUAACAGUGUGGAUAUUGUGCAUGGAAAACUCAGACAUCAUACAGACAUUCUUAAACGCAUUGCUCGUUUAUCUUAUAAAGAAUUUGUAGAUUCUUUGUCUGAGCUAAACAGAAUAACUUCAACCUUCACAGACCAGCGUGGAAAGCAGUUACAGUUUUCUAUAAAACCUGGAUCAGAUGACACCAUUUUUUGGAAGGGGAUUGUUCAAAUUGAGUGUAGAAAAGUUAUAGCAGCAACUCAACGUGUAUGUUCAAUGCGACACUUAAGUCUGCGCCAAUACAUCUCUGUUUACAAGGAGAUUACAGACCAGGUGAACAAUCUAGCGCCUGCCUCUCCUGGCGGCACUGCAGCUCCCCUUAACCUGUGUGCAUCCAUCAUCCUACAUGAAGCUGAGCAGAAGAGCCUACCUCUAGAGGACGAGUGUUGUAUCUGUAUGCAAAAUGAGGCCAAGACCAUCAUGCCAUGUACUCACAAGUUUUGUGAAAACUGCUGCAGAGAAUGGACGGACACCCAUAAUUCCUGUCCAAUAUGCAGAGCAAAGUGUAAAGGGUCGUCCGAGGCCUGGGAACUUACCGACGCUCCAGAUAGUUCUGAGUUUACUUCCGAGAUGAAGGACGUCCUGGUCGGAAUUGCAGAUAGAAAAUCUCGAAGGACAUUUGACACUUAGGAAAAUCAUUUUCUGUUAUUAUCAUUUUCUCUAUGUGCAAACUAACAAUCUUGUGAUAUGUUUAUUUAAUUUCUGUCCAUUUAUUAUGGUAAAACCGGUGGUUUUAUAAGGAUUUGCUUUCAGACAAAGGAAGAGAGCUUUCUGAUAAUGCACUCAUGUAUUGAUAGAAAUCCAUUUUACUUGUUAACUAUUAGUUUAAACAUAUUUUAUUUUACAACGAUUGUGAAACAAGUAAUUACAACAUUAUAUUAAUCACUCUCGUUGGCACGAUUUUAUGCGAGAGUGUGGUCUUGUGUUGUGGGGGAACCCGGAGGAAACCCACUUGUCCGGCUUGGUGACCACAAACCAAACAUGCGCCCAGGCCGGGAAUCGAACCCGGGUCGCCUAGGUGAGAAGCGAGUGCGCUAACCACUGCGCUGUUAACUAUUGAACCACCAGUAUGUUUUUCAGUAUUUUUUUUUGCAUUUUAUUCAAUAUAAUUAUAAUUUGGUUUAAUAUUUUUUUACUGAGAAUCAAAAAAAUCACACAUAAUCUGUUAAAAAUGUGUAUACUUAUUUUUACUGUUGUGAAUUUGUUUUUCAUAUGCAACUAUGUGUAAAGUGUUUGUAAUUGUAAAAAGUAUUUUACAAAUCAUAAGCAGAAGUUGUAUUUUUUUUAUUUCAAGUCUAUGAAACAUAAUAGAAUUUACAGUUGUAAAAUGAUUCAUUGAUUUUUAGCUCGCCUGUUUUCUUUUAAAAUAAAAUCAAUAUACUGG